CAUGCCCUGGACACCAGGAAAAACCAAGAUGGCAGCCGCCAUGGAGUCGAAAACCAAAAUUCAAGAAGUCAAGGAGUUGAUGGCCAAAAAGGAUGGCAUUGAGAGCGAAAUUAAGGAACUCUCUGAUCUGUUGCAGUCGCAAGGCGGGGUCGGAAUGGAUGGCCCUCUCAUUGAUGAGGAGCUCUAUCCAAGGUCAGAUAUUGACAUUUAUUCGGUCAGACAUGCAAGGCACAGAAUCAUCUGCCUACAAAAUGAUCACAAGGAGCUGAUGAAGGAGAUUGAGGAAGGACUAUACCAGGUCCAUGCAGCAGCCAAAGGAGAACAUGCAGAGUCCAUGGAGAUUGAACCAGUCUGUCCUGGCAGAGUUACAACCUUUGCUUAUGUUGACUUAGUAGAUGAGGGCUCCCCAGCCCAGGCAGCUGGACUUGAAAAAUGUGAUGAGCUGGUGGAAUUUGGUUCCGUGACUGCCCAGAAUUUUGUCAACUUACAAAAUAUUGCAACAAUAGUACAACACAGCGUUGGGAAACCCAUAAAAAUAACCGUGCUGAGAAAAGAAGAGAUGGUCAAGCUGACGCUCACUCCGAAUACGUGGUCUGGGAGAGGAUUUUUAGGAUGCAAGAUUGUGCCAGGAGAGAAAGUCUCCAUGCCAGAACGAUAAUGAACGUGCAAAAAAGCUGUUCAAAAAGACACUGUUCGAAAUAAACUAAGCUUCCUUGGGAGUUUCUGUACGUGUGUUAUGGGAGUUUCUAUACGUGUGUUAUGGGAGUUUCUAUACGUAUGUUAUGGGAGUUUCUAUACGUGUGUUAUGGGAGUUUCUAUACGUGUGUUAUAGGUGCUUGACAUUUGGGACUGCAUCUUUCAAGGUUGACCACAGGCAAGUGAAAGGGUAGGAGUCAGUUCUGUAGAAACCUAAGAAGUGACUCCCCCUCUUGUAAGAGUUCCCAUUGCUUGUAGGAUUUCAAGUUUUAACAAUAAGGGGGUGCCUCUGGUCAACCCUUAAUUAAGGUUCCAAUCUACUCUGAAAUCCCAUUCAUUUGGCCUUGAGCCACAAAUGAUAUCCAACUAGAGAAUACAAGAGACCGAGAUAUGAGACUGUUACCUGUUAUGCAGUAAAUUGUAAAU